AGUCCAGUGUCACGCGCUUGCAGGACAACCAGUUCGAUCGAGGAUUGUGCAUGUGCAACUUGCUGGAGUUUGAUCAGAAAGAACCGGCUUCUUAUUCAAACGAAGUGAUUCCUCUUGUGCUAAAAGUCUUCAAGGCUGUUUUACCGAGCUGAAGAAGUAGAAGACAUGUCAGAAAAGAAAGGAAUUCUCGAGCGUCUUGAUGCAGGUGAAGUGAUCAUUGGCGAUGGUGGAAUGACAUAUUGCCUAGAAAAGCGUGGUUAUGUCAAAGCAGGGGAAUGGACACCAGAAUGCACAGUUGAACAUCCAGAGGCAGUUCGUCAACUUCACCGCGAGUUUCUUCGUGCUGGUGCUGACGUCAUCCAAGCCUUUACAUUCUCCAUGCAGGACGAGCCCAUAGAAAUCGAUGGGAAAGUUAUGUCGUGGGAUGACGUCAAUGACGCUGCCUGUAAAUUAGCAAACGAGGUGGCCAAAGAAGGUCAACACGCGUUAUCUUCGGGAUCGCUUUGCGAAACAGGACAGUUGUUCCGUAGCGGUAAAGUCCCUAAAGAGGUCAUCCAAGAGAAGUUCAGGAAACAAGUGAAUGUUUUCCUGAAGAAUGACGUGGAUCUCUUGAUUGCUGAGUAUAUUUCACAUGUCGGAGAAGCAGAAUUGAUGAUUGAAGUCAUGAAGGCCAGCGGCAAGCCAACAGCCGUAACCAUGGCAAUAAGUCGCCAUGGUGACAGACAUGGUAUAUCUCCAUCAGAAUGUGCCGUCCGUCUUGCUCGAGCAGGAGCGGAUAUCAUUGGGGUUAAUUGUCGCUUCGACCCCAAGGAAAGCCUUGAAACCAUGCAAGUAAUGCAAGACGCUUUGAAGAAGGAAGGCAUUAGAAUGCAUUUCAUGGUUCAACCAGUUGGUUACUGGACUCCUGAUGCAGAUGCCCAAGGGUUUUGUGGUCUACCUGAAUGUCCAUUAGCUCUGGAGCCCCGUGCACUAACCAGAUGGGAUUGCCAUAAAUUUGCUCGUAAAGCAUAUGAUAUGGGUAUCAGAUACAUCGGAGGAUGUUGUGGAUUUGAGCCUUACCAUAUCAGGGCCCUGGCUGAAGAGCUUGCACAAGAACGAGGACGGUUGCCUGAAGGAAGUGCUAAGCAUGACUUAGCGGCUUACAGCAAUCAUGCAGAACCCCACAUGUCGCUAAGGAAUAACCGUGCUUACUGGGAGAACCUCGUACCUUGUACUGGUCGCCCAGAUUCUAAACCUUUCUCUCAAACUGUCGGAAGCUGGAAGAGUGUCUCAUGAUUUUAGCUAACUGAAAAAUACCAAUUUAGUUACUCUCACCAUGCAGGAUACAGCACUAUCGUAUGCCRCGAUACGAAUGAAUGGGCUUCCUGUGUUUUGGACGCGUUUAGCAAGAAACCCAAUGAUYGUGAAAACAAUGAGGGGUAGAUGAAUAAGAUGAUUAUUAAUGGUAGGGAACAAAGAAACGAUGUUGAUAGCAACGAAUAAUGAUAAUGAUAAGAUCUGGUCUUGUUGAGUACGUUAAUACCGGUUAUUGUCUUUGUUGCGCGUAACUGUUUUUAUAUCUUCGAGAAAGAUUAAAGAUUCUCGUGAUGAGUAAAA